CAAUUCUUUCCAUUCUUUUAAAUUACAAGUACAACAUGGCUGUGUUUUGUACGUGUGGGAAGAGCAUUUAGCAUUCCCUUUAGUGUUGUCACACCUUUCUUAAUUUUAUAAAUUUUACUGUCGUGCGUGCUGUUUUUUACUCGGCGCAUUUCUACACUUUUUAAAUUGCGAAAAAAUGGGCAAAAAGAAGCGACUUAAUCGGUUUAUAACAAAAUGGAUCAAAAGUGACCUUCCAGAUGAUCGCUCCACUGUGCUACUAUUGGGAGUGACGAGAAUACCGACGACUCCAACGGCGGCGCGUCGUCCCUGCUCCCUUCCCCUUGCCACCACCCAUUACGUCUCCCAAAACAAUCCCAUCGUGCAGCACAAAUCUAGGAAAAACUGCCAGUCGCGCAGACAGCACUCCCUACGAUCUAACCCGAACGCGUCGUUACGUAAACACACCAGUCCGUCGGGAGCUUCUCAAAUCGAAACUGUAAAAUCGCACAGGCACGUUAUAACAAAGUCUCCAAAAUAUUCCAACUCCGAGUCGAAUACUGCGAGAUGUAGCGUGUCGAGUGACGAUGACAUAACUCCUACAAACACCUUGACUAAUUCUUCCGAAUUUGUACCCGAUUCUAAGAUGGAUCGUUCAGUGGAUUCCAUCGGCACAUGUUCUUUGGAUGCUGAUGUCUCCAUCGAUUUAUCAGAUCGAUCCGAACAAUCAUCAGUGGGCACGUUACGCAGUCUCACCAUCAGUACACCCGAACCUCAACCUUAUCUACCGUCAUAUCUUAGCCUCGCAUGCACCGUCAGUGGAUACUCCACGAGCACAAAUUACGAUCCUGAGCGUCUAUCAAAAUCGCGAGACGUUUCCCCUCACAGACGCCACGAUGAUCCAAGUUUAAGCAAACUCACCUCCACUUAUCAAAUACGCAAUAAUUUACUAUCACCUCCUAACGUUGUUCCUUUACCGCAUCAUAAAUAUACUCCUCUAACAUCACCAAAGCCUAAAAACAUGGAAGAACAAAUUGAAACCAGGCGCGAGGUGUACACAUCAUCACAAAUUUCUAGCACUUUUACGAGCCAGGAAAGCAACAGUUUCAUCAGCAGUAUGUUCUGUAAUGAUACUGUCGAUGGCUGCGUCAAAAAUGGACAUCCUAGCGAAACACAGUCAAGGUACAUGUCCUUGGAAACUAGGAAUUCUACAUACAUGACAAAUGGAUCUAGUAAAACAGUAUCCGAAUCAUCCUACAAAGAAUUGAGUAACGGCAUUCAGCAAAAAUCCUUCAUCCAGCAACGCGUAGAACGAUUAUACGGCCCCGGAGCGCUGGCGCAAGGCUUCUUCAUCACUAAACGCCAAAAAAGUAGAUCUUCAGAAUCGGAAUCCGAUAAAAGCAUUUCAAACAUAAACAAUAGCGAAAAACAUUCACAAUCGAUGAGCGAUAAAUUUUUCGAAAUCGACCAUAGUGAAAGUAGCAUAAAGCAGAGUACGAGUAGUCCGACGCUUCCAGUAUUAAGGCAUUUACGGCCGGAAUUCCGGGCGCAACUACCUAUAAUUAGUCCUAAAAAGUGUAAUGACGUCCCGUUACAUAAAAGUAUUACGGUGCCGACUUUGAACGAAGAAAACAAACUGAAUGGACAUAGAAAAGAGACGGAUGUGUCAAAGGAGAAUGGAACCUCUCAUGAGGAAUGUGCAGAUGACACGAUCAAAGAUGGCCACUACUUCUUGCGCAUACUGGAAGCGGAAACCGUUCGCCUUCUUCGAAUGGCGGAUAAAGUCGAAAAGGAGCUGGAAGAAACGGAAGAUUUAUCUGAGGAAAUUAAGGGAAAGUUGCGGUCAGCUUCGGGGAAAGCUCGUCUUUUAACAUCACAAAAAAUGCAGCAAUUCAAGGGGUUGUGCACGAAUAAUCUCACACAGAAAUCGGGUGAGGCGUUUCCAACGACAAACGAAGACCUGCAAGGUUUUUGGGAUAUGGUUUUACUUCAGGUCGAACAAAUAGAUCAGCUGUUUAGUGAAAUUGAUGUUAUACGAUUAAAUAAUUGGAAAGAGUUGGAUAAGCCCACACCUACAAAAAGUCUCUCUAAUGGAACUAAUACUAAUAAAACGCGUAAGGCUGUUCGUAUUACAAGUAAAACAAAUAUCGAAGCAAAUAAAGAAAGGGAAGCUAAGCGAAAACAAUUACUAGAAGAACGGCGAAAAGCCAUGCGCCAACAAAAGCAAAAUAUGAAAGAAAACAUUGAAAUUUUUGUGCCUGAGUCAAGUUGAGAAAAAUAAUUAUUUUAGAUAUGCGAUUAUAGAGCCCGUUAUUUAUUUACUAAACUCAUAUUCGGCAAAAAAAAUGACAGACUUCGGUGUUGGAUACUUUUGUAUCGAUGUUUUAUGCACUAUUUACUUACUCUCGAGCGGUCCUCCAUUUUUUUAAAAAAAACUAAAAAGACUGAAUCGAAAAUUCUGAGGUAACGACCAACAAUAAUUCCUUGUGUUUAUGCAUUAAUGUUUUCACAUUCCCUGUGAUUGUUCAAAUUGUCGAUGUUGGUUUUUUAUUUCUAUCUACAAUGUAAAUUCUAUUUACCUAAUAUGCUAUUUUAAAAUUGUUGCACUAAAAUUACUAUUUAUUGUAUAUAUAAUGUUAUAGUUUUGUUAAAUUUUAAAUUUAAAUGGGGGAAUUGUAGUGUUUUAAUAGUUUUAAACCACCACAAUGCUUCAUUUAAAUAGCAUACUUUUUUAGGUUGACUGCUAUAAAUUAUUGGUGAGAUUGAUUUGUUUGUAACCAUUUAUAAUAUUUAAUAUAUAGUGGCUAUUUUA